UACCUGCGCUGCAUACACAGUUGGCUGAGUUGGUGCUUAUGACUCUGCUUAUACACGGCUUUGCUGUGUCAUCACAAUGUCGACAGUGCGUUGACUUGUGUUGCCCUUUUGGGUCAGACACACCAGCAACACAAGUGGUAGUGGUAGAGAGCGAAGAGAAAGAGCGGUGACGGCAACAUGGGAAAUAUACAAGGUAUGAUUCCUGUUGGAAUUUCUCUGUACGGCAGCCAGUCAGCCAGAAUUGGGAAGUGCAGUUGAGCGGCGCUCAGCUGAGUGCAGAAUUACUGGAGACGCGCCGCCGUUCGAGUCCGAGUUUGUUGUCGUCGUCUCGUAUUUCUGCUUUCCUUCAGCUGCGUUGGUUCACACGAUCGAUCGAUGAAUGGUUGGCUAGUUUGUUGGUAGGUUUGCCUGUUUGGACGGCCUGGUCGACUGCGGAUGGUUGGUCGAUGUAUAAAAACGUACGGAUGCAAGCGCAACAGCAUCAGUUCAUCAACAACUUUCACAGCGAGAACACGCGCAGCGACCAAAACGAAAUUCAUAUUAUCAGUUUUUGAAAUGAACGUAUAUGUUAACAAUUCUUGAGCGAUAUUUUGAUAAGACGACUUUUGAAAACAGUUUACUGUGCGGAAAUAAAUAUUUAAGAAACAAAAAUAAUUGGAAGACACCAAAAAAAUGUAUACGGAUACAAAAAACCUGGCACAUCAAUUGGCCGACAUGAGCCUCACCUCGGCGAAUACAACUUUAACACCCGCCACCCCAGCAGAGAAAUCCAAGCGCAAGCUUUGCAAAAUGUGGCGCCCACUACUGCGGCUAAUGGCACGCAAGCGCAACAGCAGCCACAGCACAGCCAACAGCAGUUCGCAUGCCACCAGCCUACACCCGAACAACGUACACCUCAACAACACAAUCCCAACAAAAGCGCACGCUAACAGUGGCAGCGAAGAGUGGCCCACAGCGCAUAUUGAGGACUACGCCAGCCUCAUGCGCAAAAUGAGCUUAAAGGAGCAGUGCAAUCAUGGCGUAGGCGAGUUGGGCAGCACACGCGCUGUGCCCGAAUGGGAGCGCCCCUGUCAGGCAAGUGCUAAAUUUGCAACGACAGUGAUCAGCAGUGCAAGUAUUGAGAAGACGCCGGCCAGCACGUGCGCGCACUGUGUCUAUGGGCGUAAUUGUCAGCACGAGCAGUUUCAUCAUCACAUCUGUGAUGCGGCCACACAAGCCACAAACACAACCGCAACAACAUCCACGUCAACAACAGCAGCAACCAGCACAGCAGGCGCGCCUCAUUGGCCCACAAUGCCAGAGGGCACAGCGGUGCUGUCGCAGCACGCGCCCACCGAACUGCCCAUACAGUAUAUGCACACCGAUGAGGGCACCUUUUUCUGGACGAAUGCUCAGGAGAAAAUCGACGAUGACCUACUCACAGCGUGGUUGUGUCAGAGUUGGCGUCAGCUGCCUUUGCAGGCGGCGCUGCUGUGAAUGUGCUUUCGCAGAGAGCUUUCACAACACUCUGUGUGUGAGUGUUGGAAGACAGGGGCUUUCAUUACUUUCAUCAGGGAUCUCAUUGUUAUUUUAGUUUAAUUUAUACAAUUAUACACAUACCUAUAUUUUAGUGUAAUCAAGUACUUAGUAUGUAAUGCUAAUAGAAAUCUACAAGAAUAAGUACGAGAAGUACACUUCAUAGCCCCAUUUGCUUGCAAUAUAAAUAUUUGUGAUAUGAUUAACUUAAUUUAUACAUUUAUAUGUUAAAAAUCGUAAAAAAGUAAAAUACAAAAUAUAUACAUUGAAAUAUGUACAACAAUAAAAAAACAGUGGAAAAAAGUUUAAUCGACCCUUUAAAUGCUUAGAGUUAAGUUGAGACAUUGAUGAGCCGUAAUCAAUUUGACAGCUUAACCUACCGGGGAAAAUGAAUCUUUCACAAGAAAGGGAAGAAGAAGAUAAGAGUGUAAGCACAAACUAAAGGUUGAACAAAUUUUCCAACCGAUAAAAAUUAAGCUUUCACAAUAAAGAGAAGAAGAAGAAGUUAGAGCCACAACCUAAUGUGGAGCUUCUGUUUCAACCACAAGAGAUUAUUGUUGGCGGUCAUUCCAAACUUACUCUCAAAAUUCCAUAAAAAAUAGUUACAAUAAAUAAGGAAGACCUAAUUUCAGGUAUAUCCGAACAUUUCAUACUUCAGGUAUAUAAGGCUUGUUAGUUAUAAGGGGUCUAGAGCCAGGUUUCAAAACUGAAAUCGGUAGGUUGGGUCUAGAUAUAUGUGAUUUCACGUAAAAGUUAGCGGUGCCACUCCCAUCGUCUAAUUGUGACCCGCCUCCUUUAUAACCUUCUCAUACCAUACACUUUUCUAAAGAACUUUUUGAGAUGGCCUCCAGCUCCUACAGUGAAAUUAUGUUUUAUCUCUUCGAUCGACUGUAAACGGGUUCCGCCGAGUGACAAUUUCAGUUUGGGGAACAAGAGAAAUCACACAGGACCUAAUCUAGUCAAUACGGUGGUUGAUCGAUCAACAAAGAAGCUCCAUUAAAUUUUGUGUGCGUAAACAAAUUUCUCUUGCCGAAACGUUCGGAAUGUUAGAAAAGGCCUUCGGUUAUCA